AUGUCACUUUAUUUAGUCACAGACGCAUUUCGUAAACUCGGUUCACCGGGUAUCAAAAAUGAUGAUUUUUAUGACCGAUUAAGUCGUAAAUAUUCCAUGAUAGUACUUGGUGUAUCAUUUUUAAUUGUUAGUUCAUCACAAUUUGUUGGUCAACCAAUAAAUUGUUAUACACAUCAUAUACCAGGUAGUCAUACGGGUUAUGUAAAUUGGGUUUGUUGGAUAAGUUCUUCAUAUUAUGUACCAUUUGAAAAACCUUUACCAACACGUUUUGAACAACAACGAAACAAAAUUCCUUAUUAUCAAUGGGUUCCAUUUAUUUUGCUUUGUAUGAUGUGUCUUUUUUAUUUACCCGGUUUUAUAUGGCGUAAUCUUAAUAAAUUAUGUGGUAUUAAUACAAAAAUUAUUACAAAAUUGGUUACUGAGAUGGAUCAAUUAGAUGGUGAAAAAAGAGAAAAAGCUGUACGAGCUGUAGCGAAACAUAUUGAUGCAGCAUUAGCUUAUCAUCGAGAUUAUGCUCAUGGUUUUUUAUAUAAUAUUCGUCGACGUAAAGGAACAAUUCUUCGUUGUAAAUUUGGUCAACAUUCAGGCAAUUAUUUAUUAUUAACAUAUGUUUUUGUUAAGAUACUUUAUAUAGCGAAUGCUAUUGGUCAACUUUUUCUUUUAAAUAUAUUUAUGGGUAGUGGAUUUAGUUUAUUUGGUAUUGAAAUGAUUACACGCUGGAUGCAGGGUGAAACCAUAACUGCUGUUGAACGUUUUCCACGUAUAACUAUGUGUGACUUUAUAAUUCGAAGACUUGGUGAUAAUGUUCAAACAUAUAGUGUUCAAUGUCUUUUACCGAUUAAUAUUUAUAAUGAAAAAAUAUUUUUAUUAAUUUGGUUUUGGCUCACAUUUGUUGCUGUGGUAUCAGUGUACGGUCUUAUUAAAUGGUUAUUUUAUUUGCCAUCAUGUGCACGAAUAAAUUUUAUUCGUAGAUUUUUAAAAGCAAAUGAUGUUACAUAUUAUAGAUCAUCAACAUCAUCAUCAACGAUGGAUAUUGAUUCAAGUAAUCAUCAAGCACCUGUUAAACGUCUUGAAGAAUUUGUUAAUAGUUAUUGUCGACAAGAUGGUUUACUACUUUUACGUAUUAUUAAAAAGAAUACAAAUAAUGUUAUUGCUGGUGAAGUAAUUUGUGCCUUAUGGGAUAAUUGGAAAAUAAUGCCACAAAUUCGUUCGAAUGCAUCACCCGAAUCGGAUAAUGGUGGUCAAAUAAUUGGUUUAGGUGUUAAAGAUUCAUUGAAACAAAAUGGUUCUGGUGAAGGAAACGAAAAAUUAUUACCGCCUAUGUCAGGCAUAUUAUCAUAA